UCUCCUGAACCCUGGCCGACUUCAGAGACAGUGAGGGCUGUACUAGAGAGAGAGGCAAUCCUCAGAGCCAAACAGGCACUGCAGCACAGCAGCACAGGGAGCUCCAGACAAGACACGACUGGAAUAUCGAGCAGGAAACAAGGCAGUAGUCCUCGCAGCCAACCAAAGAAAAAGAUUCCUGCUGGAGCUGAGCCCUUACCAAGAUCACAACGAACCUCCUCGCCAGUGAUGUACAGAAGGCAAAUAAGGAGACAGAUUCUCAGGCGCGGGGAGAGGGUGAUAUGGACACCAUCGGCCUACUAUGAUGAGAUCCAGAUACAGCCGGGCAGUAACUACCAAUCUCAACCUACUGCUGCUUCAAUCCUUCACAGUCCUCUACUCACCAAUGUCUCAAAGAACGUACCAGACGUGGGCCAGAAGAAACAGUUGUAUGAAGAGCUGUCUCUCCAGCAGCAGUCUACUACAGUGGGCCACGGAAAACCUUCACUGGGGCACCUGAACAGGAAAAAACACAGAGCCAAACCAAACUCCCUCAUUCAAAAACUUCUGGACAGAUUCGAUUCUCCCAAACAUUUUACUUGACCUUUUGUCAUGUGGUGUGUGCUUUUCUAAAUUUUGCGCGCGCGCAUCUUCAACUCACGUGAUUUAUUAAACUCGCGUGAUCACCGCGUGACAAUUUUAAUUAUCUUUCUUGAGGCAAGGGCGGAGCAAGAGGCGCUUUAUUCGGACCACCCCUCGCUUCUCUGUGGCCUUGCCGUGUGAAUUCAUCCAAGAGGGCUGUCCUACCCCUCCCAACUCGUCGAAGAUUUCAGCGGGCCUUCUACCCGUUGAAUGUCGGUCGAGAUCCCGCAAGAAAUCUGAGGACAAUACGACUGGUGAAAGGCGGAAGCCUCCUGAGAGAGCGAUAACCACAACCACGCCUUGGGGGCCUAUGUCGGAGCUGUACCAGGAGGAGCCAGGGGUACCCGGCGACCAGUGGCAGGGCGAGGUUACUCAGGAGAUGGAGGCAACGGAGUCCGGGGAAAGCCAGACGACCGAAGAAGUCGAGGCGGCAGAUGGUCACGUGACCGUCGAAUCAGCGAGCGGGAACGACGACGAGGAGCUGGACGAUAGUCUGAUCUCCCUCCCGGGAUCGUCUGAUGUCGUCAACGGAAACGUCGUGACUGUGCACGUGACACACCAGCCUGACACAGAAGCCCUCCAAGAAACCCCCCUCCCACAGUUUGAAAAAGAGCCGACCUCAGAACCGGAGAACUUUGAGGAACAUCCGAGUUCGAGUGAGAACACCAUAAUUGUGUCGACAAGCACUCCUCAGGUCUCCGAGGAGGUCGUCAUCCCACAGACGCCAGACAGCUCCAACAGCCCCAUAGCAAGCCCCCAGGUCUCCACCAUACAAAUCCAGAUCCCUACGGCCAGCGGAGGGACCGUCCCACUCAUCAUCCCAGCCUCGUUGGCCCAGGGGACACAGUUUCCCUUCAGUCUCGCCAACUUCCCCCCCAAUAUACCUGUAGCAGUGAUUGCCCAGUCCACGACCACCUCGAGUGGGGAGGGUACAUCCGAUGGCAUCAGUGGGGGAUAUGGAGAAGGUUCCACUACGACGACCGCCCAGAUCCAAGGCAUCCCCAUCCCGCUCAGCGUGAGCAGCGUCCAGACGCUCCAGACGCUCCUGAGCAUGAACCCCCAGCUUAAAGUCAGCACGACGAUGGGCGACUCGCAGGGUGGACAGACGCCCAUCGUGUCGCUCAACGGACCCAUCCCAUUUGUCUUCACGCCACCAAACACCCGCCAGACCACCAAACGCUCCAACUGCGUGUGCCCCAACUGCGUCGAGAUCCAAAAGACGGGCGAGCGACCCAAGCGUCGCACACACGUCUGCCACUACCCGAGCUGUGGAAAGAUAUACGGGAAAACCUCCCACUUGAAAGCCCACCUUCGCACACACACCGGAGAGAAGCCGUACGUGUGCAACUGGCCGCUGUGCGAUCGCAAGUUCACCCGCUCAGACGAGCUCCAUCGCCACCUCAAGACGCACACCGGCGAGAAGAACUUCCAGUGCAAGCACUGCGACAAGCGGUUCAUGCGAAGCGACCACCUCUCGAAGCACAUGAAGAUACACUUCAAGGACAGCACAAAGGCCUCCCCGAGGAAGCUCAUGGACGACGGGACAAUCAUCUCCAUGCAGGAGGCCACCAGCACCUCGGCCCUGUCCAACACCACCCCCGUAACGGUCACCAUCGUCGAGAUCAACCCGGACCAGGCCUCCCAGUCUGGGAUCGAGACCAUCCCUCAGAUCGUGCAAACAGUUCAGACCGUUCAGUCCGAAGAGGCCAUGGACACCGUAAACCCGGCCAUUAUCAUGACGCAGGCCAACGGGACCACCGUGGUGCAGGUGGGAGGUGAGUCCGAAGGUGCUGCUGCUAGUAUUGUAUUGACCGACCCAGCGACUGCACUGGUGGAGAUGUCGCAAGAGAUCACCGCACAAGGGCAGGGGCAGGGGGAGAUGGUGGGGUCGGAUGAGGUGGAGAACAAUGCAGAGGUCCAGGGCAUCCUCAACGAGAUCGAGGCCAAGGCCGAGGGAGUUGCAGAGGUCGUGUUACAGACCGCACAGCCCGUCCAAUGAUUCAACGCAAGAAAACGAAAUUUGAUUGUAAACUGACUGUGAUGUCGCCCCACACCUGUUUUGCUCAUUCACUCACACUUCAGUUACCCAACAUUCUUGCCUCGCAUGCAUUCAAACUCAACCUACCCCCAUGUACACGACGUGCACUUCGGAUGCCUUUGGCAAGCUUUCUUUUCGGUUCUUCGUUUUACAAUUGAACAGCCAGCAACUUCCUUGCACCGUGGCUCAAGUGAGCAUUAACUAGAAUGGACGUUCGCUCACUCUCCUCUCCCUCUGAAGGAAUUUGUACUUUUGUUACCACAUUAUUUUCCUAUUUCAAUUGCAUCACAUACUUGUAAAAUAUGAAUGUGACAAAAUAUGUAUUGUGUGUAUAAAAUUUUUUGAUGUUAUGUAAAAAAUUAGGGUAUAUACGCGCGCCUGAUCUGCACACGCGCCUGACCACACAAACCCAAACCCGG